AUGGCUGCUGUCCACGAGUGGUCCUGCACCCGCUGCACCUUCCUGAACCCGGUGGGCCAGCGGCAGUGCUCCAUCUGCGAAGCCCCCCGCCAGAAGCCCGACCUCAACCACAUCCUGCGGCUCAGCGUGGAGGAGCAGAAGUGGGCUUGUGCCCGCUGCACCUUCAGGAACUUUCUGGGCAAGGAAACCUGUGAGGUGUGUGGCUUCACCCCCGAGCCAGGGCCCAGUGGUUCCCCCUUGCCCGUCAUCAAUGGCAUCUUGCCCAAGCCCACUGUGCUGGUGGAGCCCAAGGGCACGUCCAAGGAGGAGGCUGCCAAGACAGAAAGCAGCAGCGAGGACUCGGAGGGGAAGAGCCCUGAUGAGGCAGAGCUGGAGAGUGGCUGGGCUUGCCAGCGCUGCACGCUGCACAACACGCCCGUGGCCAACUCCUGCUCUGCCUGCGGGGGCCCACGCAAGCUCUCCCUGCCCAAGAUCCCACCAGAGGCGCUGGUCGUCCCAGAAGUCAUCACCCCUGCUGGGUUUCACGUGGCCCCCUCUACCCCGCAGCCUCUAGUUUCUGCAGACAUCUCCGAGGGGGAUGCUGUGGCUACCCAGGGCCCAGUGGCUAUGGAGCAAGAAGCCCAGAAGGUCCCAGCUUUCAGUCCCUUCUCCCCGGGGCUGCAGAACAACCCGGUGCCCCGAAGCCGCCGGGAGGUCCCACCCCAGCUGCAGGUGCCGGUCCCCGAAGCCUCCCAGCCUGUGGCUCCGGGUGCAGGGGGGCACUUCCAGGAGCUGCUGUCCACCAAGCGGCUGAGCGUGCUGGAGGAGGAGAUGGACGUCAGUCCUUCCCACUGGAAGUGCAGCUCCUGCUCCCUGCCGAACUCGGCCGCGGCCGGCAAGUGUGAGGCUUGCAACGCCCAGAAAGGCAGCGACACCAUCGACCUGGUGGGCGACUCGGUGAGAUUCACCCCUUGCAGCCCUUCCAGCCCCGACUUCACCACCUGGUCCUGCUCCAAGUGCACCCUCAAGAACCCUACCCUGGCCCAGAAGUGCAAAGCCUGUGGCUCCUCCAAGCUGCACGGCUUCCAGGAGCACGGGACGCCGGCCGAGCCGUCCCCCCGCUGCCCCGACUGCGGUGCCAGCGACAAGGGCGGCUGCUCCUCCUGCUCCGGGAAGGCCCCGUCCGCCCGCAAGGUCGCCCGGCUCUUCCCGUCCCCUCUGCCUGGGCAGGAGAGGCCGGGCCAGUGGGCUUGUCCUGCCUGCACCCUGCUCAACGAGCUGAAGGCCAAGCACUGCGGCGCCUGCCAUACCCCGCAGCAGUACGUGGCCCAGCGCAAGGGCCUGAAGCCACUGCGCAGGCGGGAGAGCAUGCACGUGGAGAAGAGGCGGCAGACGGACGAGGGGGAGGCCAAAGCCCUGUGGGAGAACAUCGUGACCUUCUGCCGGGAGAACAAAGUCAAUUUUGUAGAUGACAGUUUUCCCCCGGGGCCCAAGUCGGUGGGGUUCCCGGAGGGGGACAGUGUCCAGCAGCGGGUCCGGCAGUGGCUGCGGCCCCACGAGAUCAACUGCAGCAUCUUCAAGGACCGGACGGUGAAGUGGUCGGUGUUCAGGACCCCCAGGCCCUCAGAUAUCCUGCAGGGGCUGCUGGGGAACUGCUGGUUCCUGAGUGCCCUGGCCGUGCUGGCUGAGCGGCCAGAGCUGGUGGAGAGGGUGAUGAUCACCAGAACCCUGUGUCCCGAGGGUGCCUACCAGGUGAGGCUCUGCAAGGACGGCACCUGGACCACGGUGCUGGUGGAUGACAUGCUGCCCUGCGACGAGUGCGGGUACCUGCUCUUCUCACAGGCCCAGAGGAAGCAGCUGUGGGUUGCCCUCAUCGAGAAGGCUCUGGCCAAGCUCCACGGUUCGUACUUUGCCCUCCAGGCCGGGCGCGCUAUCGAGGGCCUGGCUACACUGACGGGUGCCCCCUGCGAGAGCCUGAUGCUGCAGGUCAGCUCCACUAACCCCCGGGAGGAGCCCAUUGACACUGACCUCAUCUGGGCCAAAAUGCUGAGCUCUAAGGAGGCUGGGUUCCUCAUGGGUGCAUCCUGUGGGGGAGGCAACAUGAAGGUGGAUGAUGUGGCCUACGAGAGCAUGGGCCUGCGCCCGCGGCACGCCUACUCCAUCCUGGACGUGAGGGACGUCCAAGGCUUCAGGUUACUGCGGCUCCGAAACCCCUGGGGCCGCUUCUCCUGGAACGGCAGCUGGUCGGACGAGUGGCCACACUGGGCCACUCCGCUGCGGCACGACCUGAUGCCCCACGGCAGCAGCGAGGGGGUCUUCUGGAUGGAGUACAGUGACUUCAUCAAGUAUUUUGACUCCGUGGAUAUCUGCAAGCUCCACUCGGACUGGCACGAGGUGCGUGUGCAGGGCAUGUUCCCCAACAAGGCCAACGGGCCGGUGACGGUGACGUCCCUGACGGUGCUGGAACGCGCCGCCCUGGAGUUCGCCCUCUUCCAGGAGGGCAGCAGGCGGUCGGACACAGUGGACAGCCACCUGCUGGAUCUGUGCAUCAUGGUGUUCCGGGCCACCUUCAGCAACGGGAACAAGCUGAGCCUGGGCAGGCUGAUGGCUCACAGCAAACGGGCCGUCAAGAAGUUCGUCAACUGCGACGUGAUGCUGGAGCCGGGCGAGUACGCCGUGGUGUGCUGUGCCUUCAAUCACUGGAGCACCACCCUGGCAGGCCCCGCCACCGCCCAGGCAUCCAGUCCCACCAGCAGCCGUGCGGCCACCGAUUAUUCCAGCUAUAUCCUGGCCAUCUACAGCUCCCGCCUGGUGAUGGUGGAGCAGGUGGAGGCACAGCCCACCACGCUGGCUGAUGCCAUCAUCCUGCUGACUGAGAACAAGGGCGAGCGCCACGAGGGCCGUGAGGGAAUGACCUGCUACUACUUGACACACGGCUGGGCAGGGCUCAUCGUGGUGGUGGAGAACAGGCACCCCAAGUCCUACCUGCACGUCCAGUGCGACUGCACCGACAGCUUCAACGUCGUCUCCACUCGCAGCAGCCUCAAAACGCAGGACAGCGUCCCCCCCCUGCACAGGCAGGGGCUGGUGAUCCUCUCCCAGCUGGAGGGUAACGCUGGCUUCUCCAUCACCCACCGCCUGGCCCACCGCAAGGCCACCCAGGCCUUCCUCAACGACUGGAUGUCAACCAAGGGCACCCACAACCCGCUGCUCACGCCCGAGGUGGCCGGGCUGCACGGCCCCCGGGAGCUGCUGACACAGCUCACCAGCUCCAUGCUGUUCUUCUUCUAG